GGCUGAGGGUGGCAGGGCUGAGGGUGAGAGCACCUGGACUGUUCAGCUGGAGCAAAGACUGAGUCAGAUCUCAGCUCUGAUCUCUGUGACCGGGGAUGGGAUUCAAAGAACGGCUGCAGCUGUGCCCGGGAGGUUUGGGCUGGAUGUCAGGAAAAGGUUCUUCCCCCAGAGGGUGCUCAGGCACUGAACAAGUUCCCCAGGGAAUGAUCACAGAAUCAGCUGGGUUGGAAAAAACCUUGGAGAUAAUCAAAUGCAAUUUCUGACAUAACACCACCUUAUCAAUAAACCAUGGCACCAAGUGCCACAUCACAGCCCCGAGGCUGCCAGAGCUCCAGGAGCCUUUGGCCAAUGCUCUCAGGCACAGGGUGGGAUUGUUGGGGUGUCUGUGAAGGGCCGGGAGUUGGACUGGAUGAUCCCUGGGUCCCUUCCAGCUCAGAAUAUCCCCUGAUUUUAUUUUUGGAUGCUUUGUUCCCCAGGUAUUUCCAUGAUGAGCAGUGCCAGCACCAUGGCCUUAUGCCCUGCUGAGCUUUAAAACCCAAAACCUUUCCCUGCUUAGAGCUCCCAGCACAAUCUGGCUGCAAAGAAGCCAAGCCAGAGCUGGAGCAGAUGGGACAGGCUUGUUAAACUGCCUCCCAAAACCUUGGAAACACCUUUGGCUGCAUCGACAGCCCUCGAGGCCAAAGCCCCUUUUGCAGUCUGGGUGAAAUAAAUACAGCUCUGGUUUAAAAGAUGAGCCAUUCCCACUGAGCUGCUGGCCCUAAAAGUCAGGAUUUGCAGCAGCACGGGUGCCCCCAGUGUUUGUGGGGAGCUUCAUCACAGCCUCUGGGAAGCGGCUGUGAUCACACCGGGGCAGUCCUGGGAGCAGCAAUCCCCCCUCCUGCAUCCCAGCGCUUUGUCUGCCCGGGGAGGGGGCCCGGCGGCCCCCCAGCUGCAGGCCGUGCUUUCCCUCGGCACAGGCUGCUGCUGCUGCUGCAGAGCUUCACGGGCUACGCGGACGCGGUGCUGAGCGGGCGCGCGGUGCCGCCGCCGCGGGGCCCGGCGCCCUGCAUGUCCGCGGGGCUCACGGCCACCACCUUCUGGGGCGCCAUGCUGAGACUCGGCGCCUUCUGCCAGCAGCUCCGCGAGCAGGCUGGGAAACACCAGAAGGAGCACCUGGAAUGCUUGCCAGAAGUUUUGGAGUCAGGGACUCCCCCGGAGGCUGCCCAGCCCACUUCUGUGUGCCCAAAUCCCAGUGCCCAGCCCAGGGCUGGCCCCAGCCUGGCUCCGAGCACCCGCAGUGUCCCCACGCAGACCCCGGGGUCACCCCUGGGCUCCUGUGACACCUGCUCCAGCGCCCAGGCCAGCCUCCACGAGGUGGGCAGAGCCAUCACCAGCAUCUGCCAGAGCCAGAACAUCCCUUCAGCUCUCAGCAAAUUCCAGGAGGUGCUGGGGGACAGCGCAGGGAGAAGGAACCUCUCUGCCACAGACAUGAGCUACUGGGCCUCGGAGCAGAGCAAGGACCUCUCCCGGAUCAACAAACACCUCCAGGGGCUGCUGCAGCAGGUGAACCCCCUGAAGGCUGAGCUGGCAGAGAUGGCCAAACAGAAGGAGAAGCUGCAGAAACAGGUCGAGGACUUUUCCAGGAAGCUGCAGGCAGAGAAGGACAUCCAGGCAGAGCAGCAGAAGAAGGCUGAGCAGAGCCUGAAAGCCAAGGAAAAGGAGUGUUCCAAGGCUGUGGCCAGGCUGGAGCAGGACAAGGACGACCUCAGGAGAGGAGCUGCUCUGCUGGAGGAGCAACUCUCGACCCUGAAGGAGGAGCUGGCAGCAAAGGAGGUGGCUGUGCAGGAGCUGGAGCUCUCCAGAACCACCUUGCUGGAGGAGAUGAGCACCUCAAUGGUGGCCCGGAGCCAGGUGCUGGCAUUGGAGGAGAAGGUGCAGGUGCUCACAGGCCAGAGGGACAGGCUGGAGCAGGAGCUGAGUGCCAGCAGCGUGCGGCUGGAGAAGGAGAAGGUCCGUGUGGAGAGCAUGUUCCGGCACGAGGAGUCCCUGCAGGCCAAGCAGAGGACCCUGCUGCAGCAGCUGGACAGCCUGGACCAGGAGCGUGAGGAGCUGCAGGCCAGCCUGGGAGAGGCCGAGGAGGACAAGGCCCGGCUGGUGGAGCAGCUGGAGCAGAGCCAGGAGCAGAGUGGGAAACAGCUCCAGGCACAGCAGGAGGUGCUGGAUACGCUGCAGCAGGAGAAGCUGGCACUGGAGCAAUCCAUCCUGGAGCUGCAGGCAAACACAUCCCGGCUGCAGGAACAGGCACAGGAGCUGAGGGAGCGGGAAAGGCUCCUGGUGUUCUUCCCCGAUCUCCACACGCCCACUGAGACGCAGUUUGAGAGCAGUGGGAACUUUACAGAGGACAUGAAGAGCCAGCUCCAGGCCAACAAGAUCCGGAUCGAGGUGCUGGAGCGGGAGAACGCGCAGCUCGAGGCUCUGCUCGCCAAGGUGAAGGCAGCAGCCGAGCAGGGCGUGCUCAAGCUCAUCCCAGAGGCCCAGCUGGGGUCCCAGCUCCACAGGGAGGCCAGCAGGCAGGACAUUGCGCGGCUCAGCAGCGGGAGCAGCAGGGACAGCACAGGGAUGUCAGGAAGCAUUGACAAGGCCUGGCACAGAGCUCCCAGCAGCCAGCACUCCAAGAAACUGCGGGCAGAGCCCACACCCCAGGCCAAACCGUGCCUCACGCUUCCAGUGCGACACCUGGGGCUUGGCCUCACCUCGCUCCACACCGGGGCUCACCGCAAAUAAACACACAUCAGUCUGAAUUUCCUGACAAUUGUUCCACCUGCCCUGCCCAGGGGACCUCGUUACCUGUUCUUUGUGCAUCAGCAAGGGAAACCUGGGCUCUGCCUGGUUCCUUGGGGAGCUGCUUUAGGGACGUUCCUGGGCACUGGGAUCAGUCACCCAUGGCUACGCUGCUGCUGGAGUCCCCAGAAGAGCCCCGGGGCUGAUGCCAGGGCACAGCGUGUGCUGGCUCCUGCCAGGAACCAUUCCCAAGAGGGGACUGGGAUGUGGCCACACUUGGAAGAGGAAAGCAGAGCUGGCCUGGGAUGAGAGGAGUCCAAACCACCCUCAGCCCACCAGCACAGGCACAACCUGGGAAAG